GCCUGGCGCACUGCAUCUCGUCGCCCGAGUCUUAUCAGCCAUCUAGCUCAGUUCCAAAUCGCCGUGGGCUGGCCAGGCGCCUGGUUAGUCGUUACUCAUCGUUCGAAGCGGUUACAACUAAGACAGAUUAGCCAAGCAAAAUGCUGGACGCGGAGGUGCGAGAACUUAUGCAACCCUUUGUGCUGAGUGAUUACCAGGUGCAGGAGGUGUACAGUCGCUUCUGCCUGGAAGUGGCCCGUGGUCUCAAGCGAUCUACGCAUCCGCAGGCAAAUGUGAAGUGCUUUCCCACGUACGUGCAGGACCUGCCAACGGGCGACGAGAUGGGCAAGUACCUGGCCCUGGAUCUCGGCGGCACCAACUUCCGGGUGCUGCUCGUCUCGCUGAAAGGUCACCACGACGCCACAGUGGAUUCUCAGAUCUACGCCGUGCCCAAAGACCUGAUGGUGGGUCCAGGCGUGGAGCUAUUCGAUCACAUCGCCGGCUGCCUGGCCAAAUUUGUGGAGAAACACGACAUGAAGACCGCAUAUCUGCCCCUGGGAUUCACCUUCUCCUUUCCUUGCGUUCAGUUGGGCCUCAAGGAGGGCAUCCUAGUGCGCUGGACCAAGGGCUUUGAUUGUCCUGGCGUGGAGGGGGAGGAUGUGGGCCGCAUGCUGCAUGAGGCCAUUCAACGACGGGGAGACGCAGAUAUUGCCGUGGUGGCCAUACUUAACGAUACCACAGGAACCCUGAUGUCCUGCGCUCAUCGCAACGCCGACUGCCGUGUGGGUGUCAUUGUGGGCACUGGCUGCAAUGCCUGCUAUGUGGAGGAUGUGGAGAACGUAGAUCUCCUUCAUGCGGAUUUUAAGAAGACGAAGCGGCAAGUUAUUGUGAAUGCCGAGUGGGGUGCCUUUGGGGAGGGCGGGCAGUUGGACUUCGUGCGCACCGAAUACGAUCGCGAGGUAGACGAGAAGUCAAUCAACCGGGCGGAGCAGCUCUUCGAGAAGAUGACGGCAGGCAUGUACCUGGGCAACCUGGUGCGCCUCGUCCUGCUGCGCGCUCUCGAGCGAAAGCUGAUCUUCAAGCAGAGCAGCCGUCGGCCAGAGUUUGCCAGCGUUCUGCAGAGGAACGAGGAGAUUUUUGAGACGCGCUACAUCUCUGAGAUUGAGGACGACUCGUUCCCUGAGUUUGCCAGCACCAGGAAAAUAGUAAAGCAGCUCUUUGGCCUGGAGAAGGCCUCGGUGGAGGACUGCCAGACGCUGAGGUACAUCUGCGAGUGCGUGGCCAAGCGGGCGGCCACUUUGGUGGCCAUCGGAGUGAGUGGUCUGGUCAACAGAACCUCCAACCGCCGCGUGAUAGUCGGCAUGGAUGGCUCUGUGUACAGAUACCACCCUAAGUUCGAUGCCUAUAUGAGGCAAACCCUCCAAAAGCUGGUAAAGGCGGACAAGGACUGGGACAUCAUGCUGUCGGAGGACGGAUCAGGCCGUGGAGCUGCGCUGGUGGCCGCGGUGGCCAGCAAAUCGAAGUAGGCACUCACUACUGUUGUAGCACUAAUAAUAAAGAAACUAUUGACUCACAA